AUGCCGAGUAGCGGAGCGAAGCCGCCCGUCUCAGUGCUGGUGGUUUGCAACCCGACGCUGCUGCCCCACCGCACAAUAUACUUAACGACUUAUGCAUAUUUGUUAUACGUAUGUACAAUUGUACAUAUACACCCCAGACCUUCGAGCCCCGGUAAGUGGUGCCUCCCGGCUUCGCAGUGCGCAGUCGCACUGCAAGUCUCCGUCGGCCCCCUCCGUUUUUCCCUGUCGUCCGAAAGUGAAUUAUUAAAUCUGUUCCUGGCCAAGUUAUUUAAAAUGACGGACCAUACGAAUACAUGUCCUUGGUCACUGUUUAAUGAACAAGAAAGAAAUGAUAUUGUUCAUCACCUUCAUUAUACGGGAGGAUUUUCUGCAUUGAUUUUUAUUGGUUUAUUGUUAGCUUAUCUUCAGCCAACUUUUGAAACAAAUCGCAGUUACCAAAAUAUUGGGUUUUUUAUGCUUUCUGCGUGGAUUCGGAGGAGUGCCCCAUUUUUGAUGGCAUUCAUAAUAGACAGGAAGGAAAUUUUCAAUCAAGAAACUACACUAUGCCGACUAUUUGGAUUCCUCGAAACUUUCAUGGCGAUCCACGAGGUGGAAUGUCUUACGCACGUUUGCAUAGAGAGAUAUGUUGUGAGCAAAUACAUCAUAAAUGGUUGGCGUAUGCCAAACCGCCACUACUACAUGUUCCGGUUCCUGAGUGUGUUCUUCGCAGUCAGCUACUCGCUAGCGGGCAGCAGCAGCCUCAUUGGCGGCUAUGGCUACGACUUCACCUGCUCAAGCUAUACCAUGAAUAUGAUCCUCCCUGGAGGGUGGCGGAAGUAUUCAGUUACUAUGCUCUUUUUCGUGAGGAGUGUCAAGCCUGUCGGAUUUAUGAUCGCUAUGCUGAUAUGGGCGAAACAACUUGAGUCUAAAUUUGCUGACAACGCCUACAAUCGCCAACAGAAGAAAAUUACCGAUGAAGUAACAGCGCUGACAGCGGUGAACCUGGCUUGCUGGGCGCCAAUAGCUCUGAUCCAGGCCUCGGUGGUACUGUCGCAGCAUCUGUACGGGCCCGGCCAGUUCUUCCUGCCCGAGCCAUAUUUAGUCAAAAUAGCGCUGCUGCUGCAUUGGAGUUCCCUGGGAUGUUCCACUAUCACCUUGUUUCUCCUGAACCCCAACAUUCGGAAGGCUGCGCUCAACUUUAGGGUCCAAGAUUUCACGACAUCCACUCCGGAUCCGCAAAAAACGGAAUAAAAUAAAUACGCAGUUCUCAAUUCCGGAUAUAUAUUAAUAUGAUACGUGUACAUAAGAAAUGUACAAGUUGAUCGCAUUCCAUACGUUAUUAAGACUUAACAAUGUACAUAGACACAAUAUUUGUACGAAGAAUAUCAGAACAGUUCAUUGUAAACGAUAAUAUAUAGUUAAUCUAAGUGUUUCAGUCAAAUACAGUAUUUACAUUCAACAA